AUGUCGCAGUCCGGGUCGGGUGGCGCGAACGAUAGCCAGGAGCAGAACCAAGCCGGUCAGACGAUGGAAAAUCAACAGACGACGUGUCAGAACGGCCGGGCGGAGCCGCCAGCCGACAACGCGAAGCAGGAUCUGUCGAAUGGCUUCGAGAACCGAACCAUCGAGUACGACAGAUUCGUCCAAGAGAAGACUCAACCGAAUCAAACGACCGGGAAGAAUCAGGAUCAACAACACCAACAGACUCAACAGACUAGUCAAUAUCCGGGUGGCAGAAGGCAAUCCGUGGUAGGUCUCCCGGAAGACAGGCAUCCUCCGACCGGACAACUCCCGCCCCAACAAUACAACACCCAAGAGAAACCGGCCAUCGAGAAGACGCAACACGUUUCUCAACCCAGCACUCAGACCCUGCUGGUCCAAACGCACCCUCAGUUUGUGCCGGAUUACGAUCAAACCCAGUACACCCAGAUACGAAAUCAGUUCGAGAUAAGACCGCAAAUGUACCCUCCGCAAGCGCAGUACACCGAUAGGGCUGGUUACGUGACCAGAGACGUCACGUACAGAGAUCCGGCAUUGUAUCAAGGAGGCGCAACGAAUCCAGUGUUCGCUGGUCAAGGUCAGUACGUGACGGUUCAACACGGAUCCCAUAUACCCUCUCAGUCAGCCAGUCCCCAGCCGCCAUACUUCUCGGGAGUCGUGGUGCCUCAGCCACCAAGCUACGCUCAAUUCGGCACGCAGCCUCAAUACUCCUACAGCCAAUAUCCUCAAACGGUGAUGAACGCGGUUCCCUACACUCCGCACGCAGGGAUGUAUCCCGCGCAACAGUUCGGCCAGCAGUCGCCGAACCCGCAGAGAUUCUCCCAAGACUUGGCCCAAUACCAAACGCAACCGAUCAUCCAACCGAUCGCCCAGAACGUGGCCCACGGCAUCGCCAUCGCAGCGACCGAGAGGCCGAGUCGCGGACCGAAACCCAUGGUUCCUCCGCGCGGCAACUCGAAGAUCACCCACGACACCGGUCACAGGAAGUCAGCGAGCGUCGACGUACCGGGCAUGCAGAAGCCGAAGUACGAUCCUAAUCAGAACCCUCCGCAGGAUCAGAUACACCGUAGCGAUGGGGCGAUCAUCGUGCAAGGCGCGCAGAUAAUCGCCGACGGCCAAGAGAGACGAUACCUGACGACCAUCAAUCAGACUCCACGAACGAGGCAAGAUGGCCUGUACGUGGACACGAACGGGGAUCCGCCGGGGCGGGAAAAAAUUUGCGAGGCCGUGGCCACCGAGUGCGGGCUGUACGUGGCCAGACCCGAACACAGAAAAUCUAUUUCCAUCGACGUGACGUCGAGCUUCCCGCGGCGAAACGACACGAUUACUUUCACGUUCCCGGGCGAUACGAAUCAGGAAAUAUUGAUACCGGCCAGGAAGACCGGUACCAUGGUGGAUCCGAAACGAGUCGAAGCCAAUCAAGUGUACCCGCCUGAUCAAAGGCGAUUGGAUACGAGCUUAAGAGUAUCACCGAUGGCUUUUGAUACGAGACAGGAAAAUAGGAAGAGCAUAGGGGCUGAUAGGAAGCCAGAAUGGGGUAACGUCAGCCCUAAUCAAAGAGCGGCGUUGCCGCAAGAAAACAGACGGUCCGAUUACUUCGACGAGCACAGGAGAUCGCCUAUGACUAUAGAAGCGAAGAGAAUGGAGGACGUUAGAAGAUCGCCGAUGCCGUUCGUGCCGAUCCGGGAAGCGUCGGCGGAUCGCGCCGGCCAAAAGAGCCCGUCGUUUGUGAACCAGAAUUUCGAAAAGACGAGGCAGGAGCUAGCGAUAUGGGCCGAGCAGAGGCAACGUCAGGAGCACGAGAAGAGCAUGAUGCAGAAUCAGAUGCUCUCCACGAGCCCGCGUUCCAGAAAUCAGUCCGAGGAAAGAAGAGAUUCACGGCCCUUGCAUCAGACGGAGGAACGAAAGGAGACGAGAAUGACGCAGUCGGCUUUCCAACCGCUUCCCAACAUCAGUCAGAGCACGAUAAUGGAACAGCGUCGUCAUCUGCGUCACGUGAGCGCCGAUUUGACGAAGCACAUGGAACUCUCGAGGAAGGAGUUCGACGAUCAGCCGAUUAGCGGCUCGGUGGCCAACCUUGGACCCACGGUCAGCACCGUUCCUUCGCAGAGAGCCAGUCCGAACAUAUGUCAUCAGUAUCCGGCCCUCAGCGAGGCGAAGUUAGACACCAAGACGGUGCUGACGGUAGUGACAGAUUUCGGCGAUGCGAAUCUGAACAAACCGAUCGAUCAAGUCGAUCACAUAAUACACAGCCAUCGCAAAAGUUACAAUCAUUCGAGCAAUCUACUGACUCACAGCAAAAGCCAAACGGACAAUCUACAGAGUCAGCUAGACGCGCAGAACGACAAACCGGAUUCCCUGCAAGCGCAGCAGCAACAAUUACAGAAUCAACGUAGCCUCGAUUUGAUCUCAGAGAAGCUCAGCCAGUUCGAACGUCAGCAGAGCGAUUUACAAGCGAAGUUGCAGUGUCUUCAGAAUCAGAAUCAAAUACUCGACAAGGUGGCGCAGUUUCAACACCAACAGAACGACUUUCAGGCGCGUCUGCAGAGCAUACAGGUGCAGAAUCAGCUGUGCGAUAAAUUGCAAAGAUCCACGGAUUUUCAGCAGUACGCGAUCGGGAACGAGAUCCAUCAGGUUCAAUCGAAUUCUCUACCUAACCACCAGGAACAGACCGAUAAGACUUGCCCGUCGCAAAGCCAGCAUCCGUCGCACAGUCAUCAUCAAACAUUAUUGACUGCUUCCUAUUCACAGAACUCUAAUCAUCAAUCCUGCCAAUCGUCUGUCCGCGAGAAGCUGUCGCCGAGGCUUCAACACGAUACAGGCGACCCGAAUUCUAUUCAGAUACCGAACAUGUCACAGAUGCCAUUGCCGUGUCUCCCGCAAUUCGAACGCGCUGACACAUCGCGCGCUUCGUUCACGCAGUUCCAUCGGCUUCAAUGUCAGAUCGACGGCCACGAGGGCGCUUCAGCCUCGCCCGGCGGUGCUUCCACCACUUCGUUCACGGGUACCUUGAAGAAAGUACCGCCCGAAAAACCACCGAGAACGUCCCUGAUCGUUCAGUCGCCGGAAUCAGAGAGCAACAGAAGCCAGCCAGCCAUCGGCCUGAAGGAGAUGCCGAAGGUGCGGCCCACUAUUUUUGGCACAGUCACCACGGAGCCCAAUCUGAACCCAAAGGACGGCAACAGUCGAAGGAGCUUGCCACAAACUCCAGCUGGCGGUGUCGGUGGAAAAGGAAGCGGAAGUGCUGGCGCCGGUUCUGGUAUGGUCAAUGGUUCCGGUGCCGAUCAUCAAGAUAUUCGUGACGGUGCUGCUUUAAAUACAGAACACGCUCUGGUUUACCGGGACGGGAACCUCGUCUCCGGGUCCCUGGAGGCCCUGGUGCAGCACAUGGUGCCCACCGAGGAAUAUUAUCCCGAUCGGGCGUACCUCUUCGCCUUUUUGCUGAGCGCCAGGCUCUUCAUCAAGCCGCACGAACUCCUGGGCGAGGUCUGCGCCCUCUGCGAGCAUCAGCAAAACCUGAAUGGAGAGGGUGGCAAGGAGCGUCUACAGCGUUUCGUUCCGCGACUGGUGCAGCUGUUGGCCGAAUGGACGGAAACAUUCCCAUACGAUUUCCGGGACGAGAGGGUGAUGGGCCACGUCAGGUCCAUCACGCAGAAGAUCGCUGCGGUCGACGCUGCGGCCAGGCAGGAAGUUUCAGCGUUGCUGCAAAACUUGCUGCUCAGACUGACGGCCCUGGAAAGGUACGAGGAAGGCCUGGCCAGGCUCGCGACCGAGGCAGCGACAGAACAACUUACACAGGUGGACAUCACCGAGCUGUGUCCCUCGGCCACCGUUCUGGCACAGCAAUUGACCCACGUGGAACUCGAGAGGCUCUCUUAUAUCGGCCCUGAAGAAUUCGUCCAAGCAUUCGCCAAGGAAUCUCCCCAUCUGGAAACAUCGUUCAAGGACAUGAAGAAAACGCGUAAUCUCGAAUCGUACGUCCAGUGGUUUAACAGGCUGAGCUAUUUCGUGGCAACGGAAGUGUGCAAGCAUGCAAAAAAGAAGCAACGUGUACGCGUGGUUGAAUAUUGGAUCGAAACAGCCCGUGAGUGCUUCAACAUUGGUAAUUUCAACUCUCUGAUGGCGAUCAUUGCCGGUCUGAAUAUGUCGCCGAUAUCUCGUCUGAAGAAAACGUGGUCGAAGGUGCAGCUGGCGAAGUUCUCGAUCCUGGAGCACCAAAUGGAUCCGAGUAGCAAUUUCAGCAGCUAUCGGAGCACCCUGAAGGCAGCGAUGUGGCGUAGCGCCGGCGCUACGGACGAACGACAGAGAAUCGUCGUGCCCUUCUUCAGCUUGCUGGUCAAGGAUCUCUACUUCCUGAACGAGGGAUGCAGCAACAAGCUGCCGAAUGGACACAUUAACUUCGAGAAAUUCUGGCAGCUGGCGAAGCAGGUGACGGAGUUCAUCGCCUGGAAACAAGUCGCGUGCCCCUUCGAGAAGAACCCACGUGUCAUCGCUUUUCUUCAGGCGAGCCCGGUGCUGGCAGAAAACGCUCUGGCAUUAGCAUCGUUCGAGUGCGAGCCACCAGACAACAAUCCAGAGAAGGAACGUUAUAAAUCUUUAAAGUCGGAGCUGAACGCUCAGUGAAAACAACCUACCGUGCAACGCGUCGAAUGGAAGCGAUACUGACGGACCGAUAUAUAAAUAGACGCACUCUUAUAAAUGUUAAUAUAUUCACGCACGAAUCUACUACGAGGGGGAGGUCAGCCUCCGCGGGGAUCGAGAAACGAGUCGUGGAGAGGGAUGGAUCCGAACGGCGAACGAGGGACGACGAUAAUCGUGAAAGGAAGAGAAAAAAAAAAAACUUUACGACGCGGCGACUCGCUAGCGAUCGACGAGAAACAAAAAAAAAUAAAAGAAAAAAUUCACCGUAGUGAUCUCGCAUCGUUUAAGGACAUCGUUUAGGUACUAGGAACGCCGACGCGGUCGUCGACGAUUUCCGUGGCGGACGUUUACGUUUUAUCGAUAAUCGAGUCGCGACUGGACCGCGAACUUCCUGCACUCGCGAAUAUAACGAUCGCGCGCAAACACCCACGCGGAGUAUAACGCGCGAGACGAACUAUUAACGUUGUUGUGUUAAUUUACGAAAUAUUUACACGCCAUUCUCUAUGUGUUUACCGUUUCAUCGUGCGGUCCAGUCGCGAGAUCGAGGUUCGAGCAUGAAAAUAGAGACUCUCGAAACGGCGAGAUGCAUCGAGAUAUAUCAGCUUUGAGAACGGAAAUCGACCGCGUCGGUCCAAGUCGUCCGCGGAUCGAGGCUCUGAAAACGAUGGGGCCGGUUCGUGGUAACGAGAAAAAAAAAAAUAAAUUCAGUGAACAGUAUCGCGUAGCAGUAAGUAUAGUUCCUAAGCCCGAGGGCCAGCGAGAGAGCGCUCUCGAGCACGUUCCUCGCGAGGUGUUCGAGAGAUCGUUUUCCCACGGUCUACAGCCCCUUUUGUACAUAGUCCUUUUGAUAUACGCUAACGAAACUCCUAGGUGUGAACAGAGAGUGAUGCAGACGGAGGAGGAAGGUGAAAGAGAGAAAAAAAAAAGAAAUAUAGGUUCGUUCCUGUAGAGUAAGCCGGAAGUUGUCGUUUUUAAGAUUCUAGGAUACGUAGUAGCGGACGACGGUCGUCGUGCACGUACUUAACGAACGAUACGAGAGAACGUCUCGACGCGAUCAUCGAGACAACAGGGGGACACGACUCGCUCGCGACCGCGUGCAGUUACGUUAUUCAGGAAGCGUUUACAUCUUUCCGGCGUUGACGACGCGGCUUCGUUUGCCAAACUCCCGGCGACGCACUUCUCGUCGAUGAGAAUAAACGAAAUUUACCCCUCGUACGACUCUCGAGGGAGCCAAUACCGCAGCUGUUUGCGUAGCUCUCGUAUAAACAGGGGGUGAAUUGUAUCGAGAGCGUGGAAUGAGAUUUCUUUCUACGAGUUUUCGCUUUCUGAAAUUAUCAAUCUUAAAGUUUUGAUAACGAUUUCGUACGAAGAACUGUUCACACUUUAGAUAGAUUGUAUAUUGGAGCACCAUAAUCGACUCGUAUCUGAGAUAUUAACAAGUGUUUUUAUUUCACAGAGGAAAAAGAG